AUGAAAUUUGUUUGUUUUGUUUUUUUCUCUCCAGAGUCUCUAUGCCCUCCUGAAUGCAGACACCGUGAGCGCUCACCUUCCCCCAUACGGGGCUUAAAUAUCCCCAGUCCCAUGCCCACACGAAGGAACAGAACCUGUUCAGCGACAGCUAAAGCAUCAGAGGGUCCGGUAUUUGCUGGCGUGUGCAAAUGUUUUUCCCGCGCCAAAGGCCAUGGCUUCAUCACACCUGCCGAUGGUGGCAGCGACAUCUUUGUCCAUAUCUCAGACAUUGACGGCGAGUACGUGCCAGUGGAAGGUGACGAGGUGAGCUACAAGUUAUGCUCCAUCCCACCAAAAUUCGAGAAGGUCCAGGCGGUCGAGGUGACCAUCACUCACCUUAAGCCAGGAAGCAAACACGAGACCUGGACCGGAAAUGUCGUCAACAGCUGA